AUUUUUCUAUUCUACGCUCCCUCAUUACCACCACCAGCACACCAAGACCUACGAUCCAGAAAGACCUAAUUGCGAUGCAUCAAUAACCACACACCACACCAACCACCACAAGGAAGCAAGCAAAAUGUCGACCUUCCUCCCCAACCGUCCCACCCUAACCCUCCUCUUCUUCCUCGUCCUCCUAAACUUCUACCUCUUCCACCGACUCCUCCGCCAACCCGUCCUCGAUCUACCACCAACCGCCAUCACCACACCUACGCCUUCGCCCUCCUCCUCUUCUGCACCAACAAUACCAACAACCACACCACCGUCAGACCCCCUCCCCACACCCACCGAAACCAAAAAACCAAUCCCUCUCAAACUAUGGCAAAAAACCGGUCCUAAGGGCCUCACCCCCCUCAGCGAAUCCUACAUCGCCACCUGGAGAACCCUAAACCCUUCCCUGCGACACGAAAUCCUUUCCGAUGCCAGCAGCUCCGUAUACGUCGACACAGCAUACAAAGAAACCUGGCCCUCCAUCGCCUCUCUCUACCACGCUAUCCAAGUCCCCAUUGUGAAAGCCGAUCUCCUCCGCCUAUUAAUCCUAUACGCAGACGGUGGAAUAUGGAGCGAUCUCGACGUUGGAUGCGAGAUUCCCCUAUCAUCCUGGAGCGCCCUAACACCCUCGGAGCAGGAUACAGAAGGAUUAGACAUGAUCGUCGGGCUCGAGUUCGACGGAUGGCAAUUCGCCAGCUGGACGGUACUAUCGCGGGCCGGGUCCGUGCAUAUGAAGGCUGCGAUUGAGUACGUGGCGGGGCAGGUGGAGGGGAUCGCGGAGAGGAAUAAUGUCACGGUGGAAGGGGUGACGAUGGAGAUGAUUCCGGAUGUGGUGGAUGCGAGUGGACCGCAGGCGUUGACGCUGGCGGUGUUGGGGAGUUUGAGUCGCGGGUUGGGGGAGAGGGUGGGUAGGAUGAAUAUCACGGGGGUGCGUGAGCCUAGGUUGCUGGGUGAUGUGUUGGUGUUGCCGCAGGCGGCGUUUGCGGCGCGGCAGGGGGGUUAUCCCUCGGAUCAGGGACCGUAUUUGGUCUCGCAUCAUUAUGCGGGGUCGUGGAAGAAUGAGGUUGGGGGGGAGUGAGGGGAGGUGAAUUUGUAUAUAGAUAUGUGUAUGUAUAGUAUAUGGGUGUGCAUGAUAGAUGUAAUGUUCAAGGUUGGUUAUUUGUCAUGAUGAGUAGUCUACUAAUGGAUAC